AUGCGCGCGCGCGCGUUCGCGGCGCCGUCGGGACGUCCCCUCCGGGCGCCGUCCCCCUCCUCCCGGUGCCCGCGCCGCGCGGCACGACGCGCGCGUCCACCGCGCGCGACGAGCGCGAGAGCGUCGAACGCCGCGGACGACGACGACGACGACGACGACGACGACCUCCUCCGCGAUGGACUCUCGCCGUGGGACGUCCUCGGCGUCUCCGAGACGGCGCGCGCCUCUCGCGGUCCCGACGGUCCAUCGGUCGCGGAGGCGAAGGCGGCGUACCGCGCGCGAAUGAAAGUCUACCACCCGGACGUGUACCGCGGCGACGGCGACGGCGAGGCGAUCGCGCGCAAGAUCGUCGCCGCGUACGUCGCGGUCGUGGACGACGCGGCCGCUGACGUCCGCGGACGCGACGGCGUCGACGAAAGGUUUCCGUGGGCGGACGACGACGCGGACCCCUUCGAGUCCCCCGAGGGACCCGCGACGACGCCGUUCGUGAAUCCGUUCGCGUGCCGCGGCGUGACGCGAUGCCCGGAGUACUGCCGCUGCGUCGCGACGCACGCCGCCGGGUUCGAGCGCGACCCAAAGACCGGCGCGGCGAGGUUCAAGCCGAGCGCCGCGAGCUACGGCGCGCUGAGCGCGACCCCCGGGCGCGAGGGCGACGCGUACGCGAUGCACCUCGCCGUCGGGCGAUGCCCGGAGAUGGCCAUACACUGGACGACGCCGAGGCAGGCGACGCGAUUGACGGAGGUCGCGGAGAGACUCGACGGCGGCGGCGUCGGCGACGAGUGGCGAUUCGUCGCGGAGGAGCUGUACGGGCUGAUAGCCAAGGCGAAUUACGAGAACGGUCGCGCGUCUGCGCCGGCGUCGAAGCGGACGCCGCGACGGAGCGACGAGUGGGUGGAUUGGUACUAG